AUGCGAACUCCAACAGCUGCUAUCAAUUCUUCUCAACUGCUACCUACCUCAAAUUCUUCAAAGAAACUAUCAACUCAAAGACCUGGCCUUCCUAAUGCUCAUGGCAGUUACUUCAGCUCUCAAUCUCAAUCAGGAAACGGUCUCACAAGUCCUAUCAAUUCACCUAAUAGUCAAUAUCCUCAUCCGCCGCUUUCUAGUCACAUUCCUAUCCCCUCAGCUAUUCCACCUAUCAAAGCUGAACAGGAUUCUACACCUUUGCCCACCUUGCCAAUCGUGGUAUUAUGCUUUGCAAUGAUUUCAGAAUUCUUAUCAGCUUCUGUUGCUGGUCCAUUCAUCUUUUUCAUGAUUGAAGAUUUUGGUGUAGGUAAAGGACCUGACGGUGGUGGUGAAGCUGCUGUUGGGUUUUGGGCUGGAAUUGUUUCAUCAGUCUUCUUUUUAUCUCAGUUUCUUACUUCCUUACUUUGGUCAAAUGUCUCAAAUAAACAUGGUAGAAGGAUUGUGCUUUUUACUUCUCUUUUAGGAAAUGCUAUCACUCUACUUUUGUUUGGUUCUAGUACUUCACUUGGAAUGGCUAUUUGUGCACGUCUGGGUCAAGGUAUCUUCAAUGGUGCAAUCGGGGUGGCAAGAGGUGCGGUAAGAGAUAUUACGGACUCUACUAACGAAGGCCGCGCGAUCGCUUGGAUCGGAUUAUGUUGGGGUAUGGGUGGUAUUGCAGGUCCAAUCAUUGGUGGUCUACUGGAACACCCCGCCGAAAAUUAUCCUGCCAUCUUUGGGAGUGUACAAUUUUUCAAAGACUACCCUUACUUCCUACCUUGCUCAGUGGCCAGCUUCAUCACUUUCGCAGGAGCGUGCCUUAGUCUUUUCUUAGGCUGGGAUGGCGGUUAUCGCUCCAGCGCGAUCAGAUUGCCUGAAGGUAAAUUAGAAUUGGCUCAUCAGCUCGACAACACCGAAGAAGAAUCAAACGCGAGUGUAACAGAAGAUGAAGGUAUCACUCUUACCCGACCAGUCCCCGCUUCGUCCGCGACCUUCCCACUACCACAAAGCAUCAAAUAUGCUCCAGGACAAGAACCACCACCUAGAAACCCCCUGAGCUUAUCUCGUACAUCUACGCGUCAAUCUACCAAUUUUACUCCUGGAUCUGCCUAUGGUUAUGAUCGAAGAAGUUUCUUGGGAAAUCGGCGACCGACCAACUUCAGGGCUAGUCAAAAUGGUAUGGGUAGUAUUCGGAGUGGACAUGCGACUGCACAAAGAAGAGCUAGUCGCGCUAUCAGUUUAGCUCGUAGUUUUGGUGGUGAUACUCAAUAUGCACCUGAUUACGAUGACCUUGAACAUGAUCAACCGGCUCCGACUUUGAAUUUUGCACAAAGAUUGUUGCUCGCCAACGAGGAUGCGGUUUUUGGUCUACACGAUGUUUGGCUGGCAGCGGCCACUAGCCAGGAUCGUGACGAUGAAUUUUCUCAAGUUGACGAUGACGGACCUCUUUUGGAUGAUUCAGUCUUUGGCGAUGAUGAGUCUCAAUUGGAUGAAGACGGCUUUGGUUAUGAUGAUGAUGGAGCGAGCGAAUUUGGUUCGGUUAAUGAUCGAGGUCGAAUGUACCUUGAACAACACCAACGACCAGAUAGACUACAAUCUCAAUCUUCGGUCAGACCUCGUGACAUCAAUCAAAAUUCAGUCAGACAACGUCUUGGUAGUCGAAUUUCACCACGUCCUUCGAUCUCAGGUUCCAACUUACUCCCUGGUAGCUUUCAUGCAUCUCGUUUCGGACCUGGUAUGAGAUCAGUCAGUAUCUCCUCAGCUAUGCGUCCGGCAAUCUAUAACAACACUGGUCUCUCGACUCCGCCCUCCAAUCCCUCACCCUUCAUGAGCGCUCAUAACGCACAACAACAAGCAUUGCGAGAUCGAAGUAGUGAUGGGCAGACUCCAUUGUCAAACAGUGUACCACCUGGUUCGAAUGCCAAUAACUUGGCUGUGAUCCCUGAAGGUGCUCGUCAUCCAAGUGCAAAUGUGGCAUCAGAUCCAAUCUCGAAACCACAAGCGGCGGGAAGUAACAGUGUGUUUGGUCAACUCCCUCUUGCUAUCAUUGGACAGUAUGCUAUCAUUGCUUUACAUGGGACAACGUGUGAUCAAUUGUUUAUGUCAUUCCUUGUGACUCCAGUCAAGUCUGGUGGUCUAGGAUUAUCAGCCGGGCAUUUCGCUGAAUUAAUUGCUGCAAUGUGUAUUGCUCAGAUCGUAUUUCAAUUCCGAUUUUAUCCAACAGUAGGACCACCAAGAGGAAAACUUACCCAUUUAUCGAUGUUAAGAUUAGGAAUGUGCUUAUAUAUUCCAGUCUAUUUACUCUUACCUGAACUUAGAGCGCUACUCAGAGAAACUCAUAAUGGUUUAGUCAUGUUUGGAAUGAUUUUGUUAUCUGCAUUCCGUUGGUUGGCAAAUGUGUGUGCCUACACUUCGGUAAUGGUCAUGAUUAACGCUCAGACACCUGUCCAUUUGUUGCCAUUGGCAAAUGGUUUGGCUCAAAGUGCAGUUAGUGGUUCAAGAUUCAUUGGACCUAUCUUUGGUGGUUUGGUUUGGUCGUUUUCAAUCACUCCUAGUCCUGACGCUAGACCUUAUCCUUUUAAUAAUGCACUUGGAUUCUUUGUGAUUGCUAUCAUUUGUUUUACAGGAUUGAUGUUAUCAUUCAGACUUAAAUAAUUCCCUAACAUCAUGUCGAAGAACAUCAUAAAGUUCUGGAAAGGAUUCUUUUCGAGUUUCAAUAAGGGUUUUUCUUAGUUCAAUGAUAAUAUAUUGUACUUCUUCUGAUUCUAGUUCUUGGGCAGUACAAAUUGAGUUUUCUACAUUAGAUUUCAUUUUUGAAUUGUUGCUCUCUUUUCAAUCAAUUUUCAAGUUUGGACUUAAGCAUAUUAGAUGGUCUUGAUUUUUCAGUAAUAGUCAAUCUUCUAAUCAUGUUUCAAGUGGGUUUCCUCACCCACUUUUCUUCAAUCAAACAGUUUAUAUGAAAGAGUUAAUCAACUAAUUCAAAGUCUCUAUUUAAUUCUUUUUUUUUUCCUUGAAGUGUUUUGUGUGUGUUUUCCCAAAAUAUUUUGUUGCCUUUGUCUUUUUGAAGAGAUCAAGAAAGUGUUUUUUCUUUGGUUUUGUAUAGUUCAUAAGUCUUUUCUUUGUUUUAGGUUUGUAUGAUUUGAUUGUAUUGAUUUCAUAAUUUCAUGUUUCUUUUUGUGACGAGCUGACUUGGCCAAAAAUAGCUCAGUGGUUUAAUUCUAUCAACAGCUGAAUCUCUGAGUAAAAAUAUAUGGC